AUGUCGAUCAUUGAUACCACCAAAGACCUUUCCGCGCUCUUCACAAAACAAGUCCAGGCCACGCCCGAUGCCAUUGCCUUAGAAGAUGAAAACACCACCUACACCUAUGCGGAAUUAGAUCAAGAGGUCGAGACCUUGACUCGUCGCCUUCGGGGCUACGGAGUCGGUCGGGAUAGUCUCGUGGGGGUGCUGCUACCGCGCAGUGCGGACUACGUAGUUGCUUGUCUGGCAGCUCUCCGUGCGGGCGGCGCAUUCCUGGUGCUAGAAUUGGCUUAUCCCCCUAGUCUCCUGGCCGAUGUGAUUGAGGAUGGGCGGCCAACGGUCGUCAUCACAAACCGGGCAGAGGUUGGCAAAAUCAAAGCUAGCGUUCCGGUCAUCAUUCAGGAUGAGCCGGCCCCAACGGCCAAUGGACAUGUUUCAGAGCCCUCUCCCCUCCCGUCAGACGACGACUUGGAUCGCCUCGCAUUUGUGUCGUAUUCGUCCGGAACUACAGGCAAGCCGAAAGGCAUUGCUAAUCCCCACCGCGCCGCAGUUCUCUCCUAUAACCUGAGAUUUGGCGUGUCAGACCUGCAACAGGGUGAUCGGGUGGCCUGUAAUGUCUUCUUUGUCUGGGAGAUCUUGCGUCCGCUGCUGCGUGGUGCGACAGUGGUUGCCGUGCCAGAUGAUGCAAGUUACGAUCCUGCGGCGCUCGUCGACCUACUGGCGGCGAAGAAAGUCACGGAAACUCUGAUGACCCCCACCCUCUUGGCUACGGUUCUUGCCCGUCACCCCCACGUAGGUGACCGGUUACCGGAUCUGCGCACGUUAUGGUUCAACGGUGAAGUCGUUACAACGGAUCUUGCCCGGCGAGCCAGCAAGGCUUUCCCCCAGACGCGGCUCCUGAAUUGCUAUAGCGCAUGCGAAACCCAUGAGAUCGCCUGCGGGGAUAUCCGAGAGAUGUUGCAGCAGAUCGACAGUGACGCACUCUAUUGCCCCGUGGGUCCCCCCAUUGACCCCGAGAACACGUACGUUUUGAACGAGUCCCUGCAAAAGGUGGACGUGGGCGUGAGUGGAGAGCUGUUUCUAGCAGGCCCCCAACUCGCCCGGGGAUACCUGAAUCUCCCGGAGACGACCGCCAAAGCAUUCAUCACGAAUCCUUUCGACUCGGACCCCAGCUCCCGCUUGUACCGGACCGGCGAUAUUGCCCGAUUGCUCCCGUCGGGUCUGCUCGAAAUCACGGGCCGUGUGGGCGCGAUGAUCAAAUUGCGCGGGUACUCCGUCGUACCGGCUAAAGUGGAAUAUGAAAUUGUCACGAAUUUGGCGGUCUCCCGCUGCGCGGUGGUCGCCUAUGGAGAAGGCCUGGAGCGACAGUUGGUCGCGUAUAUUGUGCGAGACAAAGAGAAGUCUGCGGAACGUCCCGAAGUGGAAAUCAAUGAUUCCGGCCACAGCCCAGCGGCACGUCGCACUCUUGCGCCUCACUUGGCCCAUUAUAUGAUCCCGGCUCUCUGGGUUGAGCUGGACAGCCUGCCAACCCAUGAAGUCACGGGCAAAGUCGAUCUGAAGAACCUCCCACCACCGCAGAGCCCUCAAUUAGUCAAUGGUAAUGGGCCCAAACCAGCUAAAGACUCGAUUAAACUGGAUGAGAUUGCGUCCAUUUGGGCCGCCGUCCUGAAAACAUCACGCACCCUUCUGAAGCAGACUGAUGACUUCUUUGACCUUGGUGGACACUCCUUGUCUCUGGCCGACCUAUCCUCCCGGCUCUCGAGGCAUUUUGGCUUCCGCGUUCCAAUCACCCGUCUUGCAGAGAACACAACACUGACGGGCCACCUGGAAACCGUUCGGGCGAUCCGGGAUGGGCACACAGCCGCUGUGCAAGCAGAUCUUCCAGCGGUCUUGCGUGCUGAUGCGACUCUGGAUGAUGAAAUCACGCCCUCCAACGCCACGGCUUGUCCUAUUGACAAAGCGGAUACCGUACUGCUGACCGGUGUGACCGGUUUCCUGGGAGCAUUCCUCCUUCAUGAUCUCGUGGAGAACACUUCUGCCCGGAUUAUCUGCUUGGUGCGGUUUAAUGAACCGGCCAACGACGACCAGCCCGGAGGUAUCGCCCGUAUCCGCCGGAACCUCUUAGAUUUGGGCUUAUGGCGCGACUCAAUCAUGGAGCGGGUCGAGAUUCUCCCUGGAAACCUUUCACGCACUCGUUUUGGUCUUUCCCCAGCAGCGUUCGACGAGCUCGCAAGCCGUGUCCAGGUGGUUGUGCAUGCGGCGGCAACGGUGAACCUGGUGUACCCAUACGCUGCAUUGCGCGGACCCAAUGUGGGCGGCACCAGAGAGGUGCUCCGCCUGGCUUGCAAGGGAGGCGCAACUGUGCAGUACGUCUCCACAAACGGUGUGCUGCCUUCAUCCGGGGAGUCUGGCUGGCCCGAGGAUGCCCUGUUGGAUGUCGACCAAGUGCCCGACAAGCUGCUGGAUGGGUAUGGACAGACCAAGUGGGUAGCCGAGCAGCUUGUCCUCGAAGCGGCUCGUCGGGGAUUGCCAGUGAAAAUCCAUCGUGCUGGUACUAUCAGUGGCCAUAGCGCCACCGGUGCCGCCAACGCGUGGGAUCUUCUCACUGCUCUUAUCGUCGAGUCUAUCCAUCUCGGAUAUGCCCCCGAUGUCGACGGCUGGCGGGCGGAGAUGACCCCUGUGGACUUCGUCAGCAAGGCCAUCGUCCACCUGGCCAACCAGACCCACGCCGACCAAACGGUCUUCCACCUGGGUGAUCCCAACCCGCUCAGCAUGAACUCCGUCUUCGCAGAACUCCGAGAGCUCGGAUACCCCACCCAGCCACUCGGCUGGGAUGAGUGGGUGGCCCUCUGGACCCAGAAACGAGGCCCGGUGAAGGGAGGCGAUGGUGCGUUUACCGUUGACAUCCUUCGCAGUGGUAUGCCUACCGUUGAGUUCCUCCGGGGCAUUGUCGUGCUCAACAAUGCCGCGACCCAACCGUCCUUGGCCGACUUGGACCGACCCCAGGUGGGACGGGCUCUGCUUGAAACCUACACGCGUCACUGGUUCGCCCGAGGAUGGCUGACACGGCCUCCAUCCCGGCAGAAUGCUCUGGCGAGCUCACCAAAGCCGAAAGGUCCUCUCCAUGGGAAGGUGGCCGUUGUGACCGGUGCAUCCUCUGGCAUUGGUGCCGCCGUGGCAGUGGCAUUGGCCCGUGAAGGCUGCCACGUAGCCCUCGCUGCUCGCCGGGCGGACGCCCUCGAAUCAGUUAAGGGUCGAAUGACAGCUUAUGGAGUGAAGGUGAUUGCACGAUCAACCGAUGUGACGAAUAGUGGACAGGUGGAAGCUCUGCUGAGCGCUGCGAACGAAGAGCUGGGUCCCGUCGACAUCCUCGUUUCGUGUGCAGGCGUGAUGUACUUUACCAUGAUGGCGAAUGUGAAGACCGAUGAGUGGGAUCGCACGGUCGACGUCAACUGCAAGGGCCUCCUGCACUGUCUCUCUGCCACUGUGCCGGGCAUGCUGUCCCGUAGCCGCGGCCAUAUUGUUGCCAUUUCUUCGGAUGCCGGCCGCAAAGUCUUCCCUGGCCUUGGUGUCUACUCCGCUAGCAAGUUCUUCGUCGAGGCUACACUCCAGGCCCUGCGGCUGGAGACAGCGGGCACCGGCUUGCGCGUGACCAGUAUCCAGCCGGGAAAUACAUCGACCCCCCUUCUCAACAUGUCUACGGACGCCGAAGCCGUGAAGAAAUACGGCGAGCCAUCUGGAGCUCAGAUUCUGGACCCAGAGGAUAUCGCCAACUCGAUUGUUUACGCUUUGCGCCAGCCGGAACAUGUGUCGGUUAAUGAAGUCCUCGUUGAGCCCCGGGACGAGCCAAUUUAG